UCGAAUCACGUAGGCCAUGGAUCUUUGGAUAAUUGUGAAACGACUGACGUUGUCGAAAAGCUUCAAUCGUUCUUUGGUAGUGCAGACAAUAAGCGUUGUUUGUUUGAGCUCCGGUAAAUUUUCAUCAGCGAUUGGCAGAAAAGAUGGAAUACGAGGGUUUUCACGAUGCAGAACUGGCGGACCAUUCCACCACAAGCUUUGAUGUAGUAGGAGAUUGGGUUGCACUCCUCUCGAGAUUAGGUCUGCCGGGUUCGAUUUGGAUGGAAUAUAUCGCCACUCGAAAUCUUCCGUUGAGCACCACCUUCGAAAACUUCACCUCCAAUGCCUUUAACAAUUUCACCGUGAGCCUAGACAGUAGUAGAACUGCUUGUAGUUCGGCUCUUGUGCGCUACCGUCGUCCAGGAUUGAUCUCGCGUACAGGCAGGCGCCGUAGGCCAGGUCCGACGCGUCUGCAAAUCCAUGCAGUUCCGUAGAUAUACGUUGCUCAGCGAACAGCCAUCUGGGAAUGCGAAAGACAUUGAGAUGUUGCAACUUCGAUCGAAACUCCAUCCAAAGAGCGAUCAUGGCCUCCGGAAGUGGAUCAUCCCAGCGCAAGUCCAAAAGCCAAAGCUCCCUCAUUAUGAGCUUUGCUGCCGUAAUCACUGGUCCAAGAAAUCCAAGAGGAUCAAAUAUACGCGAAAUCUCACUCAGAAUCACUCUUUUUGUAAAACUGGCACUUUGACUCGGAUUCAUCGUAGGAAUGCAAAUCGUGAAACUGUCACUUUUAGGGUUCCAAGCAAUGCCCAGUGU